GCGCACCGGAUGCGCGUCAGUCGGCGGCGCGCCCGGCCCGUAUCGGCGCGGCCGCCGCGAUGAACAGUGUGGGCGAGGCGUGCACCGAGCUGAAGCGCGAGUACGACCAGUGCUUCAACCGCUGGUUCGCCGAGAAGUUCCUCAAGGGCGACAGCGCCGGCGACCCCUGUGGGCAGCUCUUCAAGCGCUACCAGCUCUGCGUGCAGAAAGCAAUAAAGGAAAAGGACAUUCCCAUUGAGGGCCUGGAAUUCAUGGGCCCGAGUAAAGGAAAGACUGAAAACUCCUCUUGAUGUUGGCUGUAUGGGUGGAGUCACUAAUAUGAGCCUUUGGCCUAAGCACCAUCCCCAGUGUACCACAGAUGCCACCUGGAUAAGACCUUUAGACCUUCAUUAACUGCUUUCUAGGAAGCCAGGAAUCCUUUCUGCUUCUGAAAACAAACAGCUAAAAGAAAAAAAAAAAAAAAGAGACUGGAUCAUGUGGUAACUGCUGCCUCCUUUCCAGUGAAUGUUGGUGGUGGUUCUGCAUCUAAUGGCUUAAAAAUCCAUGUGAACUAACUUCCUACUGAAUGUACUCUGUAAUAGGGGAAUGCUGGUUGGGGUGGGCUGACAUAGUUUCUUUGUGACUGAUUUAUUUUGCUUAUUUAUAUAAYACUUGAAAGCAUCUAAAAAGAAUAUGGAAGGGGUUGAUGUGCUUUCCAUCACCUCUGUGCUGCUGAAUUUUGGUGAACAAGUUUGUUUCAUGUGAUCCUGAAUGCUGAAGGGCUUAAGCACGGUUUUGUGUCAGCAAAUGGUUUAAAGGCAUUACUGAACCUGCAACAGCUUGGCUAAAAUAAAUAUAACCAGGYUAUAUUUUGUUCAAGUA